GAUUGGCUGGGUGUUGGUUUAGGAAAAAGUACAUAAAGUAGAGGAGAACGAAACGAAAUGAAACACGAGAGAGCUUCUUCUUCGAACUAUACUCAGCUAUGGCGGAUCAGAGUUCGAACGGUGGCGGUGGGAUUGAGGUGUGUGGGUUGCAAUUCAGCUACGAUGGACAACCUCCGCUCUUCGUCAAUUUCGAUCUCGAUAUUAAGCCUGGAUCUCGAUGUUUAUUGGUUGGCGCCAAUGGAUCUGGGAAAACAACGUUUUUGAAGAUUUUGGGUGGUAAGCAUAUGGUUGGAGGGAAAGAUGUUGUGCAGGUUUUGAAUCGUUCGGCUUUUCACGAUACCAAUUUGGUUUGUAGCGGUGAUUUGGCUUAUUUGGGUGGAUCUUGGAGUAAAACCGUUGGCUCUGCUGGAGAAAUUCCACUCCAAGGAGACUUCUCUGCUGAGCAUAUGAUAUUUGGAGUUGAAGGGAGUGAUCCUGUUAGAAGAGACAAAUUGAUUGAGCUACUUGAUAUUGACCUGAAAUGGAAAAUGCAUAAAGUAUCAGAUGGGCAGAGGCGUAGAGUCCAAAUCUGCAUGGGACUUCUUCACCCAUUUAAGGUUCUGUUGCUUGAUGAGGUAACAGUCGACUUAGACGUUGUUGCUAGACUAGACUUACUCGAUUUCUUCAAAGAAGAAUGUGAACAGAGAGGAGCAACUAUAGUAUAUGCAACCCAUAUCUUUGAUGGGUUGGAGACAUGGGCAACUCAUCUGGCUUAUAUUCAAGAUGGUAAGCUUAAGAGAUCUGAGAAGUUAACCGAGAUAGCCGAGUUAAAUAACUCGGCUAAUCUCCUUUCUGUUGUCGAGUCUUGGCUUCGUUCUGAAGUCAAGCUCGAUAAAAAAAAACCUCAAAUCCAAAAGACCUCUCCUUUUUUUUCAUCAAGACACAUGGCUUAUUACCGUUGAUUUUUAAUUGUAAUAUUUCGUUUACAGUUCUCUAAUUUAAGAGAGAAAAAAGCUUUUGUUAUUUAUAGUUUUGAAUUGUGAGUAAAUUAAAGCAGUAAUUUUCAAUUACACAAUCUGUUGUUUUUAUUGUAAUAAUGUUGAUUUAAUUGAUAAUAAAGUCUCAGUAUUAUAUUA